AGAAAGCUUGAGAGAGAGAGAGAGAGAGAGAGAGGGAGAUGGAGGUCGACGAACACGUCUUCUUAGAGGAGUUAAUGGCUCUACGAAGAGAUCCAAAUUGGGAAGCCAUUCCAAACGAAAUCACCGAUCUCUGCUCAAAUGCUUGGCCAUUCGAUUAUUGUUUCGAUCAGACCACUCUUAAUUUCCCCCCAAAUUCUUCCUCACAACCUCUCUCCACUCACAAUCUCCACGAAUUUUACAAUCCUUUACCAAAUGAGUUCUCAGUACCACAAAUUCCUGAUUCCGCCUUUACGACCAUGGAAGUAGCCGCAGCGCCUCUGCCAUUUCAGCCAGAGCAUCCGAAUGUAGAACGAGAAGAGGAGGAGGAGGAGGAGCAAUUAGGUUUUCUAGCGGAUGAGAUUCAGAAUAUGGAAACAGUUCAAGUUGAAUCGAGUUGUAAAAUGGAGCCGAAUCAAUCUCCGGAAGAACUUCAGGUUUUCAACAUCGGAACAUGCUCCUCCUCCUCCUCCUCCUUGGAACGAAAGAACAGAGCGAAGAAAUUGCAAGGGCAACCGUCGAAGAAUCUGAUGGCGGAGAGAAGGAGAAGGAAGCGGUUGAACGAUCGACUGUCAAUGCUCAGAUCUAUCGUUCCGAAGAUCAGUAAGAUGGAUAGAACGGCGAUUCUGGCAGAUGCGAUUGAGUACAUGAAAGAAUUGCUGGAGAAGAUCGGGAAUCUUCAAAGUGAAGUGGAAGGAUCAAAUUUGAGGAUGAAUUCGUUGAAGAACACAAAACCGAGUGAAUUCGUAGUGAGAAAUUCACCAAAAUUUGAAGUGGAAAGCAGAAAUGGAGAGACGAGAAUCGAGAUUUGUUGUGGAGGAAAACCAGGAUUGGUAUUAUCAACGGUGAAUACGAUUGAAGCAUUGGGGCUCGAGAUUCAACAAUGUGUUAUUAGCUGCUUCAAUGACUUCGCAUUGCAAGCCACCUGCUCUUCUCAGGAAUUGAAGCAGAGAAGAGAAGUGAAGGCAGAAGAAUUGAAGGAAGCUUUAUUUAGGAAUGCAGGUUAUGGAGGAAGCUGCUUGUAGAUUUUUCUUUUUUCUUUUUUCUUUUU